AUGGAUCAUGUGGUCGGUGGGAAGUUUAAGAUGGGAAGGAAGAUUGGGAGUGGUUCCUUUGGAGAACUCUAUCUAGGUGUCAAUAUUCAGAAUGGAGAGGAAGUGGCUAUCAAGCUGGAGCCUGUCAAGACCAAACAUCCUCAACUGCAUUAUGAGUCAAAAAUCUACAUGCUUCUCCAAGGAGGAACUGGGGUUCCAAACCUUAAGUGGUUCGGAGUUGAAGGAGAAUACAAUGUCAUGGUUAUUGACCUUCUCGGGCCAAGCUUAGAGGACCUCUUCAAUUAUUGUAACAGAAAGUUUUCCUUGAAAACAGUAUUAAUGCUUGCAGAUCAACUAAUUAAUAGAGUUGAGUACAUGCAUUCUAGAGGAUUUCUUCACCGUGAUAUCAAGCCUGACAAUUUCUUGAUGGGCUUGGGGCGUAAGGCUAACCAGGUUUAUAUCAUCGACUUUGGUCUUGCCAAAAAGUAUAGAGAUUUGCAGACUCACAAGCACAUACCUUACAGAGAGAACAAGAACCUCACUGGGACAGCGCGAUAUGCCAGUGUUAACACGCACUUAGGAGUUGAACAAAGCAGGAGGGAUGAUCUGGAAUCUCUUGGCUAUGUGCUCAUGUAUUUUCUGAGAGGAAGCCUUCCUUGGCAAGGAUUGAAAGCUGGCACCAAGAAGCAAAAGUACGACAAGAUUAGCGAAAAGAAGAUGUUGACACCAAUUGAGGUGCUUUGCAAAUCCUACCCAUCGGAGUUCAUAUCAUACUUUCAUUAUUGUCGGUCAUUACGUUUUGAAGAUAAACCAGAUUAUUCAUAUUUGAAGAGGCUGUUCCGGGAUUUAUUUAUUCGUGAAGGUUACCAAUUUGAUUAUGUUUUUGAUUGGACUAUACUGAAGUAUCCUCAAAUCGGUGCGAGCUCUAGGGGACGGAAUCCUCCCACUGGAAGCGCUGGAGUAAAUGCUGGUCCAUCUGCAGAGAGACCAGGAAGGACCUCAGUUGGGCAAGAUAUUAGAGAUAGAUUCUCUGGUGCUGUUGAAGCUUUUUCAAGACGAAAUGCUACCAGUUCUGGUCGUCAUGGAGAGCACUCAAGGCAUCGGACCUCAGAAGAUGUACCUUCUUCCAAGGAUGUGCAACCUGACUCUGAAAGAGCCAGGACCUCUCGCAAUGGCAGUUCCUCAAAAAGAGCUGCCAUCUCAACCAGUAGACCUAGCUCCUCUGGCGAGCCAUCUGAUGGCCGUUCGAGCAGACUAGUUUCAAGCAGCGGUCGCUUGUCGACCACACAAAGACUUCAGCCUGGGGUUGAAUCAAAAUCAUCAUCUUUUUCUCGCACUGCGGCAACUAAGGGCUCUCGAGAUGACCCUCUCCGUAGCUUUGAGUUCCUCUCUAUCCGGAAGUAA